AUGACCAAGUCACCUGGAGGUUAUGAAGGGCUCCUGGAGCGAAUCCGAACUGAGGUCAAUCUAGUUAAAGAUCAAUUGCGUCGCAGUCUUGAAGCAAGAGAAGCUAAAGGAUAUGUGAACAUUAAUAAUAAUAAUAAUAAUAAUAAUAAUAAUAAUAAUAAUAGUAAUGAUAACCGUAAUAAGAGCCAUUACAGCAGCAAUAGCAACAGUAGGCUCCCAUCACCAUCACCUGGUGUCUCUACGAGUCCAGGUGUUCUUCCCUGCACUGUGUUAACUCCCCCUGCAGAGAUCAUACGCCCUUCACCAUCACCCGCAGAGCCAACGGCAGGACUGCGGAAGGAAGGAUUACUCCGUCAUCUCGUUAGAGGAGCGUUUGGUGGAGAGAAAUUUGUACUUCAUUUCAUUGUUGUAGAUGAACAUAAAGGCAUUAUGUGGUAUCCGUCUGAGAAAGAAUAUCGUUCGGCACCGUUAAGUCCAUUAGGGCGUAUUCCGUUUUGGAAAGAAACGAGAAAUUCACGUGGAAGUCGUUUUAAAAGUGCUGCUGUUUGUUGGCCACUUAUUUUAAAAGAAGAUUGCCCAAAGGCUACAGAUCCAACGAUGAGUUACUUCGCUAUUGAAUAUUUAAAUGAAAGUAACUCUCAUGCUAAAGUUGUCUUCGCUGCAGUAAGUGAGACCGAGCGUAAUGAUUGGGUCUUCUUCAUUACACACUUUAUUGAUAUGUAUUUAGCACCACGUGCGGAGUCUGAGGAG